AUGGAGCAUACACCUGUUCCCUCUGACUGGUCGCCGUAUUUCAAACGGUUAUUCUCUAUAUUCCAUGAAAUAAACAAAUAUGCCACCUUCCUUGCAUCUCAUUCACGAGGUGUCAUCCCAUCUGUUCAACUAUUUCAAAGAUUGAAUAAGACAAUCACGACGACUGACUUGGCCACCAUUAAAUACUUGUUUCCAGAAGAUGAAAUAUUUUUCGAUUAUGUGGACGAAAACCAAAUUAUGGUUUCCUUUGUGGAGGAGGUGAAAUUUGGCAGCAAAGGCUACGGCCAGACCCCAGUAGCCAACAAGUUUGAUGAUAAGGGCCCACAACAGUCAAAACAGAUUCUCAUUUUUGACUUUCAAGAUGUAAAAAUCCAUGGGAUAGGGAAGAUGGUCAAGGGUAGAAAGAGGAUGAAGAUGGAUACCAAGCCAAGGGAAUUUGACGCGUCUGUUAGGCAAGGUUUCUUUCUUAAUGAUAUCAAAAGCGCUAUACAACCAUUAGAUAAAAACAACUUAACCAAGAUAAUACAAAGAAGGGAUAGUCGAUUCAAACAAUUUAUUGUGAACUUUCUUGGGAAACAGGACGAUCUUGAACGAGCACAGGAAGCUUUGACGAAAGAUGCGUUGAAGUUGGUUCCAGAAAAGCCACUGUUAACUGAUAUGGUGGAAGUGCUAGAGGAUAAGGAAAUAGUUGUUGCUAAUGAUAAGGUGUUGUAUACAACGAACGAAAUGAUUGAGUCAUUGAAGAACUCUAGAACAUACGCUGAUCAGAUUGUAUCCACGCAAAAGUUGAAUGAUACUCAACCACCCCGAUUUCAAGCUUUAUCAAGCACUACGUCUGGUGGCCUCCACCCAGAAAUAAGGGAGGCGUUACUAGCUGCAAAGGGUAUUUCCAUAGAUGAUGGCCUCUACACCCAUCAGGCGGAAGCAUUGGAAACACUCUUGGACGAGUCUAAAGAGGCACAUCUAAUAGUCAGUACUUCGACUGCGUCAGGAAAGUCUCUUAUAUACCAAAUACCUGUGCUAAACUCCAUAUUAUGGGAUAUAACCAAUGGGUUAAAAGGACGGCAUACUACUGCUUUAUUCAUAUUUCCAACCAAAGCGUUGGCCCAAGAUCAAAUAAAACAAUUCCGGUCGUUUUUAAACCGAUUGCCUAGCAAUUCUCGACGACCUAUAGUCAUAGAUACUUAUGAUGGUGAUACCCCAUUUACUGAAAGAGUCAGAAUACUGAAGGAAGCUGACAUACUUUUUACCAACCCCGACACUAUCCAUGCCUCAAUUCUUCCCAAUAGUAACUUCGAAUCAUGGAGAGAAUUUAUAAAGGGACUUAAAUACAUUGUCGUUGACGAAUUGCACAUUUACAAAGGGACAUUCGGUAUAAACGUAGGUUAUGUUAUGGCUCGUCUUUUAAGAAUUAAAAAUAGAUUCUGUCCUGAUGAAAAGAGUUUUCGCUUUGUAUCUUGUUCGGCGACUAUUAGCAAUCCUGCUCAACAUUUCAAAACUAUAUGCUCAAUUCCUGACAAGCUGGAGGUAGUACAUGUAUCCAACGAUGGAAGUGCUAGGUGUGAGAAAAAAAUGCUUGUAUGGAACCCACCAGUUUUGAUGAACAACCGCGGGGAAAGAGGACCUGCUGAUUCAAGUAAUAAAUUGAUAACAAGAGUAAGUCCCAUUUUUGAGCUGGCUCGACUUUUACUUACACUCUUGACCGAAUUGCAAGGUUUGAAGAUCAUUGUCUUUUGUCCUAUCCGAGUUGUUUCAGAAAUGAUGAUGAGGGAAGUUAGGUCACUCUUACAAAAGCCCCCUUAUUCCAAACUGGGUUUGGUCCAGAGUGAUAUCAUGUCGUACAGAGGUGGGUAUAGUAAAUCCGAUCGACGUAUUAUUGAAAAGAAAAUGUUUGAUGGACAAUUGCGAGCUAUAAUUGCGACGAACGCAUUGGAGUUGGGUAUUGACUUGUCUGAUUUAGACGUUGUAAUCACUUGUGGGUUCCCCAUGCUGAAACUGAAUUUGCAUCAACAAUUUGGUAGAGCUGGUAGGCGAAAGGAUGCAAAGGGUAGUUUGGUAAUAUUUGUGCCGGGCAGAUCUCCAGUCGACCAAUAUUAUAUCGAGCACGCGGAUGAUUUGGUACAUAAUACAUAUGAAGAUCUAUGCGUAGACAGCUUGCGCGAUAUGGAACACGGUCUGUUGAUUUUAGAGAGACAUUUGCAAUGUGCCGCUUACGAAGAUGCAAUUGUGUUAAAUGACGAUUACAAGUGGUUUUCCAAAGGUCGUAGCUUUAAAGCAUUUGAAAAUAUUUUGAUUGAACAUUUAGUCCAAGAUAUUGGUAACAGAUUUAUUCCCAACUCCAAGUAUAUGCCCAAACCUUCAAAAUUGGUCUCUAUUCGAGCUGUUGAAGACGAUAACGUUGCGGUGGUUGAUAUCACUAACAACAGAAACAUUGUCAUUGAAGAGGUGGAGCUUCUGCGAACGACAUUCACUAUCUACGAUGGAGGUAUCUUCUUACAUCAAGGGCAACCAUACCUAGUAAAGGAAUUCAAUCAUGAGCAAAGGUAUGCGAAGGUUGAAAGGGUCAAUGUUGACUGGACAACAUCGCAAAGAGAUUACACUGAUGUAGACCCUGAAGAAAUUGAAUUGGUAAAACCAUUAGUGCCUAUCUCCUCAACGAAAUCAGUGGAUAUUCCAGCAUUUUUUGGGCUUAUCAAGAUCGAAAUGAAGGUGUUUGGCUUUUUCAAGGUUAAUAGAAAAGAGGAGAUUCUCGAGGUAGUGGAGGUGAACAAUCCUCCAAUAAUUGCAUAUGCUAAAGGGUGUUGGCUAAACGUUCCAAAGGCUGCUAUCGAUCUUAUAAAAGCGAAACAACUCUCUGCAGCUGGAGGUAUUCAUGCUGCGGCUCAUGGAAUAAUGAAUAUGCUCCCUAUUUUUGUCAACUACUCUCAAGCUAAUGCCAAUUUGGGUGAUUUCGAGUUGGCAACUGAGUGUAAAGCACCAACAAAAGAGUUUAAAACUACAAAUUCAGAACGCAAACGGCCUGCCAGAUUAGUAUUCUACGACACAAAAGGAGGAAAAAACGGUUCUGGAUAUUCGUACAAAAUUUUUGAAUGUAUUGACGAAUUGAUAAAUUCUACAUUCUACAGAAUUUUAAAGUGUGACUGCCAAUGGGGGUGCCCUUUAUGCAUCGUCAGCAAUGCAUGCCGAGAGCAAAUGCGAGUCAUGUCUCGCCCGGCAUCUUUAAUCGUACUAGCAUCAUUCUUGGGUCUAGAUUUGAGGAAGUUGGCUGAAUCAAUUCCCAACGGUCCAGAACCAGGCAUUCCCCCAAUCUUGCAUGAGACUAUCCUGGCUGAUACAUCAAGUGUGAGGUUCUCCCCCAAUGUUAGAAUAUUAAAUAUAACCACUGGAUAG